AUGCAUGCCAGGGAGCUCCCUGGCCUAUUGUACCUGGCGCUACCUCUUGCCUCCUCAGUCCUGAUGCUGCUGAUGAGCAGCCUGUGGCUGGUGGGGGCUGGUCCCAGCCUCACCCUGGCCCCGGAGCUGCUGCUGGACCCCUGGCAGGUGCACCGGCUGCUGACCUAUGCUCUGGGCCACACAGCCUUUCCGGGCCUGCUCCUGAGUCUGCUGCUCCUGCCCACUCUGAGCUGGCGGCAGGAGUGCCACCUGGGCACACUGCGGUUCCUGCAUGCCUCUGUUCUGCUUGCCCUGGCCACUGGGCUGCUGGCUGUGCUGCUGGCAAGCCUUGGGGUGUCCAGUGCAGCUGGUGGCUGUGGAUACAUGCCCGUUCACCUGGCCAUGCUGGCUGGGCAGGGUCACCACCCUAGAAGGCCCAGUGGGGCACUGUCACCAUGGCUGCUGUCAUGGCUGCUGCUCGCCCUGACACCACUGCUCAGCUCUGAGCCACCCUUCCUGCAGCUCCUUUGCGGCCUCCUGGCUGGCCUGGCCUACGCAGCAGGGGCCUUCCGGUGGCUGGAGCUCUCGGAUCGGCGGCUGCAGGCUCUGCAGGAAGGUGUCUUGUGCAGGACCCUGGCAAGGUGCUGGCCACUGAGGCUCCUUCCCACCCCGGGCAGCCUGACUGAGCUGCCUGUCACCCAUCCUGCUGGAGUGAGGUCUCCCACCACCGGAUCUCCAUAUGUGGCUUCCCCCAGUCUCUGGUCCCACAGUGGAGACUCAGCCAUGUUCCCACCGGGCCUGGGGCCUGAGCCCCUGACCUGGGAUCGCUCCUUAGAGGUGGGCCAGGACAGGCCCAGGUCCAGCUUCCAUCCAGGGACCCCACUGUGGGCAGCCCUGGACGAGCAGAUGCUGCAGGAGGGGAUCCAGGCCUCACUCCUAGAUAGGCCAGCCCAGGGGCCCCAGAGCCCACUGUGGCUGCCCAAGUCUUCCGUCUCCUCUCUGCGGCUGCAGCAGCUGGAGCGCAUGGGCUUCCCCGUGGAGCAGGCAGUGGUGGCACUGGCGGCCACAGGCCGUGUGGAGGGUGCUGUGUCACUGCUGGUUGGAGGGCAGGUGGGCACCGAGGCCCUGGUGACCCAGGGGAGAGGUAGGCCUGCCCACCCUGAGGGCCCUGGGCCCCCCUAGCCCAGGAAGAGGCUGGGGGCACAGGAGUCCCUUAAGUGAUGAGGCCUGGCCUAGGGGCAGUCAGCUGAGCCCCUGCUCUGUCUACUUAGGGCCACAGUGCUGGGGGCAAGAAAGUUCCCCCCAGCAUGCUGCCCUGGUACUUGUUUAGAAUAAAAACCAGUUCAUUUUUCAA